UAAAACAGUGGUUUUGUUUUUGAUAUGCAUAGUAUUGUUAAAAACGUCGGAGGCCAAACCUACCUGUAACAAAAUGAUUUGGAUAAUUGUUGGAUUUCUGUCGAUAAAUGCUGUUGUUGGUCAGUUUAAUUGGCAGAAACCUGGACAAUGCCCAGUCAGCGAUAUUGUAACAACGUGUGACUGUCCAACCAAUCAGAUGGCUUGUUACACGGACUUUCACUGUCCCUCUGUCCUGAAAUGCUGUUCAAUUGGGUGUGGAUGCAGAAGUUCGUGUCAAUUUCCGGUCUUUGGAUAUUUCGGAUGAAGACGUUCAUUGGGAUCAGAAAACACAGAUACUGUUUAAAGUUCUGUCAUGGAUUAAUUUCAGUGAUUAAACAGUCACAUAUUUCAUCAAA